AUGGUUACCAAGCAGACUACAUUGUCCUUGCUUUUGGUGUGCGCAUUCGCUCCAGUCGCACUAUGGGCCCAAGCUACAAUCACAGCGUCGGUUGAUCGGACCGCGCAACCGGGACGCCUGGAUCGCAGCAAACUUCAUUUGCUCAGGUACGAAAAGUUUAGUGUACGAAGUGAGAAAGAUUUGUCAUCCUACCGGUUACCGAACGACACAAUUCCGGAGAGUUACACGCUGGAGCUUAGCUCGAACGUACACGAGCAGAACUUUAGCUAUACUGGAACGGUCGUCAUAAGAGUACGAGUUCUGCAGACUACCAGAUCGAUUGUGUUGCAUUCGUUGCGAAGUACGCUGGUGCAGAUUGAGGUUAGAAACUCCAACCAGUUGAAUGUGCCGAUUGUUGCCAUCGAACAGGAUGCGGAUCUUGAAACGCUCACCAUCCGGACGGGCACAGAAUUGCUGGCGGGAAUUUACCAGCUAACCGUACGCUUCGAAAACACGCUUCGUAGCGAUGUUGGUGGAUUUUACUGGACAUCGUACAGUGUUGGCAAUGAGGUGCGUUAUGCUGCCGUCACACAGUUCCAGCCAGUUGAUGCACGUACCGCUUUUCCCUGCUAUGAUGAGCCUGGGAUUCGAGCCACCUUCACCAUCAGCAUCAGCAGUGGUGUUGGGACGAAGGUUUACUCCAACAUGCCAGUCAAGUCAGUUUCAAUAACUGGAAAUGGACUGAAGCAAACCCGGUUCCACACGACACCCAGCAUGCCGACAUAUCUCGUAGCGUUUGCCAUCUUGGACGAAUUUGCCAGCACACGGUUGUCGUUGCCGGCACCACCAUCCAGCCUCAGAAUGGAGCUUAUUGCGCCGCCCACCGUGACGGACAGUGCUCAAACGUACGGUCUGGAGCUCGGUGGCAUAGUUAUACGUGCGGUUGAGCAAUACUUCGCCCAAACGUACGAUCUGCCCAAACUGGAUCAGCUGGCCGUGCCGGACUUUUACUUCGCGGCGAUGGAAAACUGGGGCUUAGUCAUCUACGAGGAACGGUAUUUGCUGUACGAUGAGGCAGCGAACACGAAUCGCGAUAAAGAGAACGUCAUCGCCACCAUUGUUCAUGAGUUUGUCCAUCAGUUCCUGGGCAAUCUGCUGACACCUCACUGGUGGUCAGAUUUGGCGCUGAGCGAAGGUUUUGCAACCUUUUAUGAGUAUUAUCUUAGCAGCGUGGUGGAGCCAAGUAUCAGAUUUGCGGAAAAGUUCACUGUCGAGGCUCUCCAAACGGCACUGCUGCUUGACUGUGACAUCAAUGUACGACCGAUUUCUUACGAUGUGCAGCGGCCCGUCGAUAUCGGACGCAUGUUUGACAUCAUUUCCUAUCAAAAGGGUGGCAGUGUGUUCCGCAUGUUCCACUACGCUUUCGGUGAGCGGACGUUUCAGAAAGGAAUGCGUCACUACAUAAGCACUAAUAAAGGCCGAUCGGUCACACCGGAUGAUUUGUUUGCGAGUCUGGAAAUAAGCGUGAGGGAAGAUGCUGCGUUACCACUUAGUUUCGAUGUGGCAACGGUCAUGAAACCAUGGAUUUAUCAAUCAGGAUACCCUCUGGUCACGGUCACACUGCAGGAUGGCGAGCUAACCUUCUUCCAAGAGCACUUCCUGUAUCCCGAUACUUCGGUCACCAGCAACCGAACGUGGUGGAUACCGAUCACGUACGACAUCGCACCAGGUCAGACGAAAAAGUUCUGGAUGCCUCAGGGCACCUCGCAGGUGUCACUUUCGGAGGAAGAGCUACCGAUCGGAGGAUUGCUUUUGGUGAACCCUCAACAAACUGGUUACUAUCGCGUAAACUAUGAUGAUGAUCUAUGGAUGCGUUUGAUCACACAGUUGAUUGAAGAUCCAUCGGUUGUUUCACCGAUCUCUCGCGGUCAGCUGUUGGACGAUUGUUUCAAGCUAUACUACAGUGGACGAGUAGGAGCAGGCAUCAUUUACAGCUUGUUAUCAUAUGCGGCUGGCGAGACCGACGUUAUACCGUGGAUCGUGGCAUUUGCAAAUGAUAAUCUUGGAGUGUUGCGAGAUGCCCUGAUCGUGGACCGCUUGGCAUAUGAAGCGUUUUCUCGCUUUGUAGCCGCACUUACAACGAAUGUCUUUAACGCCGUUGGAUUUGAUGCUUCGCCGAACGAUCCUCACGAAACACAGCAAUUGCGCCGCACCGUCAUAGAAUGGAGCUGCCGAUCGGGGUCGAUCGAGUGUCGCACGGAAGCGUUGUUCAGAAUGGUGAACGAUUUGAGCGGAACGGUACUGUUGCCUUCGUACAUUAAGGACAGUGUUUACUGUGGCGGGGCAACAAUCGCCAGCACGUCCCAGCUAGAGACUGUGUGGCUUCGUUUGGAGACCGUGACCAACGUUGGUGAGCGGUUAAACAUCAUCGAAACGUUGGCUUGUUCAGAGAAUGCAGAGUUCUUGGACGAAUUGCUCAACUCAAUCUUCACCAACCAGAACCCAGGCGAAUGGGAAUUCAUUCUGUCGGCAGUUUAUCGCAACUCUGCCAUUGGUUACGAGGCAUUCGAUCGCUGGUUAAACCAAAAUGCGUUGCAAAUUAUACAAAGCAUUGGUACGGAUCCAGCGUUUCUGAAUAUUCUGGCGGACAUUAAUCAAAGAGUAGCAAAUUUUCAAAAGUAUGAUGAGUUGGUGCAACUUUUCAAUAAUCCAUUGCUUACUCAUAAAAACUAA